AUGACCGUCGUUGAACCAGUGGGAGAUGUAUUCAACACUAUCUUAGUGCUGGACUUUGAGUUUAACGUUUAUGCUGAGAUGCUGCCUUGCACCCAGAAAAUCUCUGAACUUCCAUUCACUCCAACAGGUGUUAUUUUCUCUGGAGGUCCUUUCUCCGUAUACGAAGAAGGAUCCCCUCAUGUUGAUAAGGAGAUUUUCAACCUGAAUGUGCCCAUUCUGGGUAUCUGCUACGGUAUGCAAGAGUUGGCCUGGAUCGAUAAUGUUGAAAACGUUGCCAGAGGUGAAAAACGUGAGUACGGUCCAGCUACCCUAAACGUGCAAGACAAGGACUGUGCUCUGUUUAAGGACGUUGAUCAUUCUCAGGUCUGGAUGUCUCAUCACGACAAGUUGCACAAUCUCCCUUCCGGAUUCAAGACUGUUGCAACCACCGAGAACUCUCAGUUUGCAGGUGUUGCCAACGAGGCCAAAAAGAUCUAUGGUAUUCAAUUCCACCCAGAGGUUACCCACAGUGUUCAGGGUAAAACCAUAUUGAAAAACUUUGCUGUUAAUGUCUGCGGAGCUACCCAGAACUGGACCAUGGAAAACUUCAUCGACACCGAGAUCAACAGAAUUAGAACCUUAGUCGGGCCUACCGCUGAAGUCAUCGGUGCCGUUUCUGGUGGUGUUGACUCUACUGUCGCUGCUAAGUUAAUGAAAGAGGCCAUUGGCGACAGAUUCCAUGCUAUCUACGUUGACAACGGUGUCAUGAGAAAAAAUGAGACCAUCACUGUCAAGAAGACUUUGGACGAUGGUCUGGGUAUCAACUUGACUGUUGUUGACGCUGGAGAACAGUUUUUGAGUCAACUGAAGGGCGUUACUGAUCCUGAGAAGAAGCGUAAGAUCAUCGGUAACACUUUCAUCCACGUUUUUGAGAAAGUGGCUGCUGACAUCAAGCCAAAAGAUGGUUCAGAGAUUGAAUUUUUAUUGCAAGGCACCUUAUACCCUGACGUCAUUGAAUCCAUUUCCUUCAAAGGCCCAUCGCAGACUAUCAAAACUCACCACAAUGUUGGCGGAUUGACGGAGAAUAUGAAAUUGAAGCUGAUUGAGCCGUUGAGAGAGCUUUUCAAGGAUGAAGUUCGUCACUUGGGUCAACUAUUGGACAUUCCUGAAGAUUUGGUAUGGAGACAUCCUUUCCCUGGUCCAGGUAUAGCCAUUCGUGUUUUGGGUGAAGUUACUCCAGAGCAAGUCAAGAUUGCAAGAGAGGCCGACUACAUUUUCAUUGAAGAGAUCAAGAAGGCUGGUCUUUACAGAAAGAUUUCACAAGCUUUUGCUGCUUUACUGCCCGUCAAAUCCGUUGGAGUCAUGGGAGAUCAACGAACCUACGAGCAAGUCAUUGCAUUAAGGGCUAUUGAGACUUCAGACUUUAUGACUGCCGACUGGUUUGUCUUUGAAGCUGCAUUCCUGAAGAAAGUAGCCUCUAGAAUUGUCAAUGAAGUUGAUGGAGUUGCCAGAGUAACUUAUGAUAUAACUUCUAAACCUCCUGCCACCGUUGAGUGGGAAUAG